AUGUUGUGCAUAAGAAAAUGUUGUAGCGAUGGUGAAUUUUUUAAUUCUACAAAAGACGAAUGUGAGAGUAGCGGAAAUUUAAUGGCAUCCGGUGGUAAUUGGAGACCGAAAUCGAAAGAAAUAAUCGAUAAAUAUUAUUUACUAUCGGAUACAUUUCCAUCGUGUGAAAAUCCUCUUCUUUUAAAAGUACCAGAUCACGCAUAUAAAUCCUGUAACAGAUUUAAUAAAGAAACGGAUAACGAUUUUAAAAUAUUUAAAAAUGGAAGCAUAAAAGUAAAUAAAUAUAAAAAUCUUUACGAACCUCAUCAAUAUUGCGGUGAAGUGACUUGGCACGAUAAUGGAAAAAUAUAUAAUCAAAAUUUAAUUUUAUGCAGCGCAUUAAAAAACGAACAAUUAAAUUUAAAACCCAUUAAAUCGAUCGUUUACGGUACUCUUCUUAUUUUGGGUGGUAUUUGUCUCCUGAUAACCGUUGCCGUAUCCUUAUACCUACCGGAAUUGAGAAGAAGAAUGCAUAAUAAAAUAGCAUUGAGUCAUAAUGCAUCGUUAAUGGUUGCUUAUUUCACAUGGGGCAUAGGUCAACUAUCACCUAAUUUAGGAGAUAGAAGUUGCAUGCUCAUUGCUCUUAUCAUACAAUUUACAUUCCUUGCAUCGUUUUUUUGGUUGAACGUCAUGUGCAUUGAUAUAUCAAUGACAUUUAGUUCUACGAAAUCUUUGGGUCAUUCAAACGUUGGAAUAUAUAAAAAAUUUUUAUGGUAUUGCAUAUAUUCGUGGGGUUUGACGACGAUAAUAUCAAUCGUAACAAUGAUAAUGGAAUUUUUACCAGAUAUCCCAUAUGAUUUUUUAAAACCUGGAUUUGCAUGCAGUUGCGGAUUCAACACGGCAAAUGCAUCGAUAUUGAUUUAUUUUUACGGUCCGAUGUCGAUAUUAUUGAUAUUUAAUUUAAUACUUUUUAUAUUUACGACAAUAAAAAUAAUGUCUGUACAAAAGAUGACGGCCAUAUUGCAUAAAACGGAUUCUAAUACGACCGGAGGUUCCUCAUAUCAAACAGAUAAACAGAGGUUGAUUUUAUACGGUAAAUUAUUUCUACUCAUGGGUUUGACUUGGAUAACGGAAAUAAUAAGUUGGGCCGUCGGUGGACCCGAAUAUUAUUGGUAUUUUUCCGACAUAUUGAAUUUAUUGAGAGCCGUUUUUAUAUUUAUAUUAUUCGUGUGUAAAAAAUCAGUUUACGAAAGUUUAAGAAGAAAAUUAUUGGGAAGGAAAAAUUUUAAAAAUAGAGGAGAAGGUUACGGUUCGAAAAGCGUAUCCGAUGUUAUGAGCACGUCAACGUCAUUAAGAGACAGUAAAAAAAGUACAAAAAAUCGUAAAGAUUCAUCAUCCGAACCCCAACAACAACCCCAACCCCCACAACAACCGGAAAUGGAAAAAUUAAUUUUUAAUAAAAGAAAAUUAAAAAAUAAUCGCAUUGAAGAAUCCUCGAUGUAA